AUUCGCGUUGCAACGCAGCCAGCUUGGCUCCCGACUACAUUGUAUUUUUUGGCGUCGUCUUCAUAAAAAGCGAGCGUGUUCUGUAAAAUAAAAUAUAAUCGAUUCCAGGAUAGAACCACGUUUCAUCCUCGACAAUGAGAGACUCGGCCGCCCAAGCAACUGCGGCUGCGGCACCUGCGACCACGCAGAAGUGGAUUGUGUGCCGGGUAUGCCUGCAGCAGCCCAAGGAGCCCAUGGCCAGCAUUUUUAACGAUGAUACGGAGAAGGACAUGACCCACAUGAUUCGCGAGUGCGGCGGAGUGCCAAUCAAGAAAUUUGAUCACUAUCCGGACAAGAUAUGCGAAAAGUGUUGCAAGAUGCUCAAGAUGUCAUUUAAGUUUCGGCAGACGUGCCAGCGUUCCUACGGACACCUGCGGCAAUUCGUGGCCCCCGUGGAAGUAGAGCAACGAUCGCCUGCAAAGACAAGGGCAAAUCAGUCAUCCCAUCCGAAACAGGAAACCGAGGAAAUGGAGCAUGACCAGGAGUUAGAGGAUGAGGACCUAGAUGGAAGCCAAUAUGCCGAGGGUGAAACUGAGGAAUCGCCGGAAGUCCAGGUCCACGACUACGCCGACGAUCUCGAGGAAGGCAUACUCGUAGAACUUGAAAAAGAUCGCCUUGUGGCUGUUAAAAAUGAACAGGUUGAAGAGGAAGGCAUCAUAGAGGAGGUGUACGAUGUGUACGAGACCUACGAGGGGGACAUUAUCACCGAGCAGGAAAUGGCCGAACAGUCGCUCUCUGGACUCUCGGCAGACAUUGAAUACCUAGAGCAAGUCGAUCAGGAUCAAUUAACCGAGAGCGCUCAGGAAGAUGAUCCUGACGAGGAAGAGUUCAUACCAACAAGAUCGGCUAGAGCGGCUGCUAAUAAGCGCGGGACCAUAAGGCGACGAGCCAGCACGCGCAAGGUAGCCGCAUCGUCAUCGAAAUCAGCUGCGGGAACAUCCAAGGACGGUGCCCGCGGUGGCAACCCGCUGAAGAUCAGGCGGCUCAACGAUGCGACCACCACGAAAAUCCUUAUUAAUGAGGAGGGCGUUUCAAUUGGUGAAGUCUUGGCGCGAAAACAUGCCGGUGUCAAGACUAAGGGCGGCCACAAGAUUCUCGUUGGCGACAAGAAGGAGUUCAAGUACAUCUGCGACGUUUGCGGCAACAUGUAUCCCUCUCAAAGUCGCCUAACCGAACACAUCAAGGUUCACUCUGGCGUAAAGCCUCAUGAGUGCGAGAUCUGCGGCCACUGCUUUGCCCAGGCUCAACAACUGGCCCGGCACAUGAACACACACACGGGAAAUCGGCCGUACAAGUGCAGCUACUGCCCGGCAGCCUUUGCUGACUUGUCCACCCGCAAUAAGCACCACAGGAUUCACACCAAUGAGAGGCCCUACGAGUGCGAUGUGUGUCACAAGACAUUUACAUACACCAACACGCUGAAGUUCCACAAGAUGAUUCACACGGGAGAAAAACCACAUGUGUGCGAGAUCUGCGGCAAGGGCUUCCCCCAAGCGUACAAGCUGCGUAACCAUCGGGUCAUUCAUGAACGCCGCAGUGUCUCUAGCAGAGACAACGUCGAUGGACUGAUGGGUUACGACACGACCAACAUUGUUGGCCUAGAGAUGUAGAUUUUUUUUCCCCAACAGGGGAAACUUUAAAUAUUAAUAAACACACGCGUGUAAUUACAGAUCUAAUUAUAUUGAUGAA